AUGAUUUACAAAGAAACUAUUGAAACAUUAGUUAAUAUGCAAAAAUUAUUAAAGUGUAAAACAUUAGAUAGUAAAAAAACUUUUUUUAUUCAACAAAUGUUACAUACCUCCUUAGAUUUAAAAAUACCUAGAUCUUUUACAAGACAUCAGUAUCCAGUAAAACUUGGAUUUUGUAUUACUAUCAAUAAAUCACAAUGUCGAACUUUAGAUAAAAUCAUUUUGUACCUUGAUGAAGAUAGACUUUUUUCACAUGACCAAUUAUAUGUUGCACUUAGCCGUGUUAGAGCAUUAUCUGAAGUUGUGGUUAAAUGGUCAUACCAACAACUUCCAAAUAAAAAAAGCAAAGAUAAAAAUGUUAUUAUAAAAAAAAUAAUAAAACUUGUUACAAAAACGAUUUCUCAAAAACCACUUGCUUAA